UAGUCCUUUUCCUCUCAGGUACUGUUGCAUUUUUAGGUCAUUUUCCUGGUAAAAAAAAUGGGGGUCACUAACACUAGCAAGAAAGACAUGCUCCGAAGCGGAAAAGCGUCUGCUCCUUCCUGUAUGGCGCCAACAGCAGAACCAGAUCAAGAUAGGAAUGCAACCGAAGAAGUAGAUCCCGAGUCCCAGCUUCCUGCUUGGGUUUUGGUUGCCCUUGGCUUUACUGGAUUGGUCGGGUACAACAUUAGUGCGACAUUAGUACCACGUACUGACCAGCUCAUCUUUCACCGGGAUGAAACGAAGAUCGAGUGGGGCAAGUACGUGUCGCUACCCAGGUGUCUUGGGUGCGCGGCAGGAUGCUUCUACACCAUUCUCUGCUUCCGUAUGAAUUGGGGUCUGCGCUUGCCAUGGUUCAUGGCCACGCAUGGACAAGCGCUGGCGUAUUUCCUGAUUUGCGUGGUGUUUGUGGUGGCAGAGUUUGGAGUACUAUCGAAAGUUG